UAAUUUUUGCUAUUAAGAGUACCAAUUUGAAGAAUAAAAAUCCCCAAAAUAGAGAGAACCCGAACCGGGUAAUCCCUCUGCAAUAUAAAAUGCCCUAGAAUUCAAAUUGCAACUGGGAAGGCAGAGAUUCUUUCAAUCGAAGCGAUUCUCUUGAGAGCUCAACAGAAGAAGAAAUCUUUUCACAAAAAAGGAAAAUCUUUUCAAUCAGAUGUAUGUUGAUCGGGCAUUCCGUGGAAUUAGCGUGCACCCAAGCUGACACCACGGUUAUCAAAAAACAAUCACUGAAGAUGUCCAUAAGUAUUUCCUCUUGGAAGUGAGUUGCCAUGGGCUAGAUAGAAAAGAAAAUGUGAUCGUACAGUUUUUUUAAGAUCUACCAGAAACAAUCUAUCUACAUUCACAAUGUAGGGGCAAGUCUGCAUACACAUCACCCUCCUCUGUAGAUCCACAUGUGGAAUUACACCGGGUAUGUUGUUGUUGUUGUUAUUAUUUACCGACAAAUAAUAAAUUAGAAAAUUUCAGGCAGAUGAAAUUACUUUUGAAUUGACAGUGGCACCAUGUAAGCAACAAAUGGACAAAGUACUUUAGGAAUUUCCAAUAUGUUUGGUGCCUUAGCUAUGGUUGUGGUGUUUGCUAGUUUGACAAAAUAACUCAGUGAAUGCAUAAAUUGGUGUGGCAGGAAAGAAGGCAUCAAUUAGUUUUCUCUCAUUGUUUUCUAGUGGUUCUAUGAUGGAAGCCAUUGAUGCUUGGUAAUGAUCUGUCUGCUUUGUGUUUGGAUUUUUGUCUCACUAGAGCACAUAUGCGCUAAAGUUCCAGGGAAUUCUGGUGAAAGGACCCGGUGAGGAAAAAAUUCCAGAGAUUGUAUGCAUUAUUCAUUGUUCAGCUACAUUUUUGAAACUGAUUGUUCAGCUACAUUUUGCCACUAGGGUUUAAAUUUUUGAACAGUAAUUAGAGUAAAGCUAAAACACAGGAAAAACACCUUUUAGCCAUAGCAAAUAAUCCUAGAUUCUAAGUCAACCAACAAAUGAAGUAACCUGAUCAACAACAUAAAUCUUCUUUGAAUUCUUUGACGGCUUCACAAUUCUUUUCGCUGCAAUUGAAAAUUGUGGUCAGCCCAUAAUAGACGAUAACACCCGCAAACCCGAGGUAAAAAAACACACAGAAAGAAACAAAUACCUUUGCAAAGUUGAUUUGGAGAUACUAAUUUCUUCCUGGCAAGUUUCCUUUUGUGUCAUAUUUGGAGCUUCUUCUCUAUGAAUUAACGGUGCACCUGUUUGCCAAUUUAGACAAAUGUCCUUCUUUAUACUACUAUUUAUGUUGUCUCUAUUUUUAGAAGUUGUGCAAAUAUAGCCCUUAAAGGUUACGUUCCAAAUAACAUUAGAUUUUGUCUCAUGUUAGUUCAUAUGUUUUCCAAUCUUACGGAUAAAAUAUUAGACGGCCGUUGAACGUUUGAAUAACUUACCUAAAUUUUGGACCACAAUCUAACAUUUUCUCAUGCUAUUUUCAGUUUGCUCAAAUGGAAUCUUUUGACUGUGAUAUGACAGAAAAUCAUAAAUGGCAAGAAAUAAUAAAAAGGUCAUUUAUCAAACAGUUGUUCCUGCGAAAUUUCUCAUUUUUGUCAUGAUUUUUUAUUAUUCGUAUCCUAAAAUAAUUGGCAUUAUAAUACUCUUUUUUUUACAAUAUAAAAAAAAAGGUUUUCUAAUUUAUAAUACUAUAACUAUCUAAUAUUUGUGUUAAUUAGACCCUUCAAUUAAUAAUUGUGUUGCAUAAAUUGUGAUAAUGAAUGAAUAAAAUUAAAACGUUUUUUCAAUAGAAAAAGAAACCUAGAAAACAAGAUUGCGCAUCCGAUCAUCGAGCGGCGCAGGUACACUCUUUCCUUUUAUCCCACCUAAUGAUUCAACUGAUUUUUUUAAGCAAUCGCAGCUCGAUGAUAGCACCUGAUUAGCAAGAAAUUCUUUGGUCUCCUCCAAUAAGCAUUUUCUUUUGCAAAUCAAAAAGAUUUGUUUUCUUAGCAAUUGAGAAACCAUUGAUCGCUCCAAAGAAAGAUGACACAAAAAACUAAGAAUGAGGGAAAAUUAGCAGAUAGUAGUUUUGCUCGAGAGAUACAGAAACAGAAGAAGAAGAAGAAUAAAUCCUUUGCAAUUCCAAAGUUAGAGGUUGAUCUUUUCAAUCAAAUUCUUAUUAGCAGUGGAGUUGAUGCAACCCAAAAGUUUACUCAGAUUUCCAAAGGGAAGAGCGUUGUGGAGCCGUCAAAUGAUAACACAGACCAGAUGGAUGUUUAUCGGGCAAUGACAAUUCACUUCCCAGAGGUAAUACUUAUGGACAUCCUUAGCAGGUUACCUGCGCAGUCUCUACUUCGAUUCAAAUGUGUGUCAAAAUUUUGGGAAACGUUGAUCUCCGAGCCUUACUUUAAGAUGAAGCAUCUCAAUCGUGCCAAGAAUGACCAAGAUUCUCAAAAAUUUCUUACUAGCCAAAUGUGCUGUAAGAAUGGUAUAGUUUCCAUGUAUUGUCGUCCUUUGUCACCGGUUCAGCUGUUUCAGAAUGCGCAAAAACUCGAUUGCCCUCUAAGCCCUACACCAUUGCGAUGCACAAUCCAUUGUUGUUACGAUGGCUUGGCUGUUAUCGAGGUUCUUGAUAAUUUGGAUGCUGAAUACUCCACACUUUUGCUAUGGAACCCCUCCACAAGAGAAUCAAUAGUGCUUCCAUCUCCAGAAUUUCCGGGGGAGAGAAUUUCUUGUUUUGGUUUGGGUUAUGACUCAACCAGUGGUGAGUAUAAGAUCCUUCAGAUUUAUCAGGGUUGCAAUUUACCUUGUGAAAUUCUUGCGCUGAAAAGUGGCUCCUGGAGAAGAACUGAUAAGUAUCGUCGUGGCAGUCUGUUGUUUGCUAUGAAGUAUUUGACAUUUGUACAUGCGGCAUUUCAUUGGAUAGGUAUUUCACGAAACUAUGCUGUGGUGGUUUCAUUUAGUAUUUCAAAUGAAGUCUACGGAGAGAUACCCUUGCCGGAGGAAAUGUCAGGCUUGAGGGAUGCUAUUGGCAUUACAGUGUUGGAAGGAAUGCUUUGUGCUCAUUCUAUUUCUUUUCAUCGGAGGAAGCAUACCAUUAAGUUAUGGGUAUUGAAAGAGUAUGAUAUCAAGGAAUCUUGGAUUCCAUUGUUAUCUAUAGAAGAUCCUUCAAUUUCUCUUUCUAUACCGAAAUAUAGGUUUGCAGAUGGUGAAGUGCUAUUCUGGUGCAGUGCUGGGGUUCUGUUUGGGACACGCAGUGGACCAUAUGGAGCAUGGCCUCGAUGUGAUAUCAUAUUAGAUGCACAUGCUUUUACAGAAAGCUUGAUUUCUCCAAGAUCACUUACUUAUUAGUUUCUUAUGUAUGAUUGAGGCACUUUUUUUCUUCUUUUGUUGUCAUGUUACAAAACUCGUAUUCUUAUUAGUUUAUCAGCAGUUUUUGGAGUACAAUGUCAUAUUUAGCUGCAGGUCAGGAGAAGUGUUCCUCUAUCCGUCAUGUGGAGUAGUUGGCUUGAAAGAAAUCAGAGAUGUUUUAAUGGAGAAAAGCAACAUGAAUGUCUUUUGUUAAAUCUAGGUUUUUACAGAAAGAAUAUAUAUGCAUUGUGUAAGGAACAAAGGUUUCUCAGCUUGUUGAAUUUGAGAAAUUGAUAAGAGUGCAUUGCUUCUAUUAUCAUCAGGAAUGAUAUAUUUGUUUUUCCAA